AUGCGCUUCUUUGAGAAGUUGACGAAGCGCGCUCGAGAUGUGGACUCGCUGCUGUGCGUGGGCCUGGAUCCACACAAGGCCGAGCUCGAGGAGGACUCGGCGGAAGGCGCCUUCCGCUUCUGCAGCCGGCUGAUCGAGGAGACGAAGGAUCUAGUGGCGGCUUACAAGCCGAAUGCAGCCUUCUUCGAGGCAUAUGGCGUGGAGGGCUGGGGAGCCCUCCAGCGAACUCUUGCUUUGAUCCCCAAGGACAUCCCGAUCGUCUUUGAUGCAAAGCGUGGAGACAUCGGCUCCACCAGUGAGGCAUACGCUUGCUCUGCCUACCAGACCCUGAACUGCGACAGCGUGACGGUGAGCCCCUACUUAGGCAGCGACGGCCUGCAGCCAUUCCUGAAGGAUCCAUCCAGGGGCGCCUGGGUGCUGUGCAAGACCUCGAAUCCAGGUUCUCAGGACAUCCAGGCUCUGCAGCUGCCGAGUGGUGAGCCCCUCUAUGUCCAUGUCGCAAAGGUGUGCUGCCUGCAGUGGGCCAAGGAGCACAACAAUGCAGGCCUCGUUGUAGGCGCGACGGACGUGGAGGCGAUGUGCGCCAUUCGCGCAGCCGUCCCGGAUGUUUGGUUCCUUUCGCCGGGCAUUGGUGCCCAAGGAGGCGACCUGGAAGCAGCUCUGACGGCUGGGUUGCGCCCAGACGGCUUGGGAAUUCUGCUGCCCAUCUCGCGAGGCAUUUCAAAGGCCGAGAGCCCGAGGAAGGCUGCAGAAGCCUUCCGGGCGCAGAUCAACGCACUCAGGCUCUCAGAGCCAAGUGUGACCUCGUAG